UCCCCUCUCUCUCUCCUCUCUCCUCUGUCGCUAUCUCUCUCUCUCUCUCUCUCUCUCUCUCUCUCUCUCUCACGGUUUCUCGUGUAAGGCACCGCUUCUGCUCGCAAAUUCAAAUAGCAAAGACAAUCUCUCUCUCUCUCUGGGGUUUCGAUUGAUCUAGGGUUUUCUCCAGGUUGGGAAGUCCGAUUCGGUUGCUCUUUGCUCGAUAUUGGAGCCAAGAGCGGAAGAAACGGGCCGGGAGAGAUUUCGCUCACGACGGUGGCCGGUUAGGUCUUCGACUGGACCGCACUCACUGGUUCUCUCUCUACUGAGUGCAGAGAGGAUUUUGUGAGUGUAAAUGGCGUCAAAUGAGGGGUUUUUGACGGAGGACCAGCGGGAAAUGCUGAAGAUAGCGACGCUGAACGCGGAUGUUAUGUCGUCAUCGCCAAAAUCGCCAUCUUCCCUACUCUCGGAACAUCACAUUAAAGUCCCAGCCGGUGGGAGAGCCGCGACGGGUGGGGCUGCUGUGAGGCAUGUACGUCGCUCUCACUCGGGGAAAUUGGUGCGAGUGAAGAAGGAUGGUGCUGGUGGCAAGGGAACAUGGGGAAAAUUGCUUGACGUGGAUGGUGAAUGUCAUAUUGAUCGAAAUGAUCCAAACUACGAUAGUGGCGAGGAACCAUAUCAGCUUGUUGGUUCAAGUGUCUCUGACCCAUUGGAUGAAUACAAGAAAGCUGUGGUUUCCAUUAUAGAGGAAUAUUUCAGCAAUGGUGAUGUGGAGUUGGCAGCGUCUGAUCUCAGAGAACUAGGAUCCAGUGAGUAUCUUCCUUAUUUUGUGAAAAGGCUUGUUUCCAUGGCCAUGGACAGGCAUGACAAAGAGAAGGAAAUGACUUCGGUUCUCCUUUCGGCCCUCUAUUCUGAUGUUAUGAAUUCAACUCAGAUUAGCCAGGGGUUCAUCAUGCUUCUUGAGGUUGCCGAUGAUCUUGAAGUGGACAUACUUGAUGCAGUUGACAUCCUCGCUUUGUUUAUUGCUCGUGCUGUGGUGGAUGACAUCCUGCCUCCAGCUUUUAUCACCAGGGCAAAGAAAACAUUUUCAGAAACCUCCAAGGGAUUUCAAGUUAUCCAAACUGCUGAGAAGAGCUAUCUCUCAGCUCCACACCAUGCAGAGCUUGUUGAGCGCCGAUGGGGUGGUAGCACUCACCUUACUGUUGAGGAAGCGAAGAAAAAAAUUGUGGAUCUUUUGAGGGAGUAUGUGGAAAGCGGAGAUGCUUUUGAGGCCUGCAGGUGCAUAAGGGAGUUGGGUGUUUCUUUCUUUCAUCAUGAAGUUGUAAAAAGGGCUUUGGUCCUUGCCAUGGAGACCCGAACUGCAGAAUCACUCAUAACGAAGUUGUUAAAGGAAGCAUCAGAGGAAGGCCUAAUAAGUUCCAGUCAAAUGGUAAAAGGGUUUGCCCGGUUAGCUGAGAGCCUUGACGACCUUUCUCUUGACAUUCCAUCUGCAAAAUCCUUGUUUCAAUCUCUGGUCCCUCGAGCAAUCUCUGAAGGUUGGCUUGAUGAGUCAUUUUUUAAAUUCUCAGAUGAAAAUGGGGAUGUAGAAAACCAGGAUGAUGGGAAGGUGAGACGAUACAAGGAAGAAGCAGUGACAAUAAUUCACGAGUACUUUUUAUCAGAUGACAUUCCUGAACUCAUUCAGAGCAUUCAAGAUCUUGGGGCACCUGAGUACAACCCGAUUUUCUUGAAGAAGCUGAUCACCCUUGCCAUGGACAGGAAGAACAGAGAGAAGGAGAUGGCUUCUGUCUUGCUAUCUGCGCUUCAUGUAGAGAUUUUCUCAACUGAAGAUAUAGUCGAUGGUUUUGUGAUGCUUCUAGAAUCUGCUGAAGACACGGCACUCGACAUUUUGGAUGCGUCAAAUGAGCUAGCUUUUUUCCUAGCAAGGGCCGUCAUUGACGAUAUCUUGGCUCCCCUAAAUCUAGAAGAGAUAAGCAACAAGUUGCCACCAAAUUGCAACGGCAGUGAGACUCUGCGUCUGGCUCAUUCACUCAUAGCUGCACGCCAUGCAGGUGAGAGGAUCUUGAGAUGCUGGGGCGGUGGGAGUGGCUGGGCGGUGGAGGAUGCCAAGGAUAAGAUACAAAAACUCCUGGAGGAGUACGAGAGUGGGGGUGUAGUGAGUGAAGCCUGCCAGUGUAUCCGUGAUCUUGGAAUGCCUUUCUUCAACCAUGAGGUUGUGAAGAAAGCUCUGGUUAUGGCUAUGGAGAAGAAGAAUGACAGUAUGUUGGACCUGUUGCAGGAAUGCUUCAGUGAAGGGCUGAUCACCAUCAACCAAAUGACAAAGGGCUUUUCCCGGAUCAGGGAUGGGCUCGACGACCUGGCUCUCGACAUCCCUAAUGCAGAGGAGAAGUACAAGUUCUAUGUUGAGCAUGCGAAGAAGAAAGGAUGGCUCCAACAAACACUUGGCUCUGCUGCAGUUGAUGAUGAUGCUACAUCCACCGCCACAGCGGCUGCAGCUCCUUGAGAAGAACACAUAUUUCAGUUUGUCUCUUUCUCAUGGUAUGUUGUUAUUAUGCUUAGUCAGUCUUAUACUUGGUUCUGUUCAAGCUCUUAUGCCUCUCUUUCUUUUUUAUCCCCCACCUUCCUAAACUCUCUAGUUGUUCAAUGUGGAUUUAUGAAUGUAAAAGCUUUGAAUUAAUUUACAUAAUUAUCAGUGAUGCUGCAUUAUUAAGAA